AAUCGUUAAACUUAAAAGGUUAAUAAGUGGAACGAAAAUGAUUGACAGUUUGAGUGGCGGAUAGAAUACCGUUUGAAUUUGCGAUUAGCAAGGAUGACAUCUAAUAAAGAUGAUUUAGUAUUAAAUGGCAUUCAUAAUCCAAACAUAAGUCAUGUGUUACACCCGCUGACAAUUCGUCAUUUAGCCAGAGAAUGGUUAAAAGAAGACACUCCAAAUUUUGACUAUGGUGGAUUUGUUGUUGGUGAAAAGGAAGAAACGGCUGUUUUAUUGAUGAAGAGUGCUGGAGUACUAGCUGGCAGACCAUUUUUUGACGCUAUAUUUAAAGAACUUGAUUGUACUGUUAUGUGGGAAAAUGUACUUGAAGGAUCUUUCAAUGAGCCAAUCAAAACUGUAGCAACAGUUUCAGGAAAAGUUCGUCAGAUUUUGUUAGGGGAAAGAGUGGCUUUGAAUAUUAUAACUAGAGCCAGUGGUAUAGCCUCAGCUGCACACAGGCUACGUAAAAUGGUUCAGAAGUUAGGCUGGACUGGUCAAGUUGCAGGAACUCGUAAGACUACUCCAGGAUUUAGACUUGUAGAAAAGUAUGCACUUUUAGUGGGUGGUGUAUCGACACAUAGAUAUGACCUGUCAUCAAUGAUUAUGUUAAAAGACAAUCAUAUAUGGACAGCAGGAAGUAUAACACAGGCAGUGAAAGAUGCCCACGUUGUUGGAGGGUUUUCAACAAAGAUAGAGGUUGAAUGCCGCAGUAUAGAGGAUGCGGAGGAGGCUGCCAGUGCUGGUUGCGAUGUCAUCAUGCUCGAUAAUUUCUCUCCUGAGGCUAUACCAAAGGCAGCUGCUAUGUUAAAAGAGAAGUUUCCUAAGCUUAUAGUAGAGGUUAGCGGUGGAAUAACCGAGGACAACAUUGCGCAAUAUUGUGAUAAGAAUGUGGACAUAAUAUCACUGAGUCGGUUAACACAAGGCUACGAUACUCUAGACUUCUCACUUAAAGUGAGAAAAGAAGGAAUUGACCCAAGAAAUCUGCCCGUGAAAUUGUGAUGAAAUAUAAUGAAGUUGAAUUAUGAUAAUGUUAAGAAUAACUUAGAAGAACAAAAUUUUACAGAAAAUUUUUACAGAAAAUUUUGUCUAUGCUACAUGUACAUGAUUUUAACUCACAUGACUACAAAGUGCUUAAAGAUGAUAGCAAAAUCCCCAUCUUAAAGAUACAUUUUUGUCCAUGAUACCUAAUCUUUCAGAUUUGUCAUCCAGCAUAUACAUGUCUAUAUUUCUCCACUUCAGCGGAGUUCUUGUUUAAAAAUUUUCUUUGAAACCACUAUGCCUAGACCUUAGCUUGUUCAGAUUUGGAAAUAGUGUGUAGACCACUUCAAAAGCUAUAUGUCAUGCCUUAACAGUAACAAACCCCCAUCCCCACCCACAAGGUAUUUUGACAAAA